CCGUUCGCCACUUUUCCGGUUGUCGCGCAGGGGUUGAAAAAAAAAAGCGGAGAUUUUGGCUAGACUUUCCGAUCAAAGAGUUCAAAGAACUAGUUUUGAUUUUUUCUUCCGUCUCUCUGGACCUCGAUUGAGUGAGAGAGACCUCUGAUUCUGGUGGAGUAGGAAUGGCGGAGGGCGGCGGAGCUGGAGAAGCCGCGUCCGGUGACAUGAAGCUUGAGUUCACUCCCACAUGGAUUGUCGCCUCUGUUUGCUUCAUCAUCAUCUUCGUUUCGCUGUUCGUCGAGCGCCUCCUCCACCGCCUCGGAAAGGUCCUCAAGAGGAAGAACCAGAAGCCUCUCUUCGACGCCCUCCAGAAGGUGAAAGAAGAGUUAAUGCUUCUGGGGUUCAUUUCGCUGCUGCUCACGGUGCUCCAGGGUGCGAUCCAAAAGAUCUGCAUCCCUCAAGGAUGGACCCACCACAUGCUUCCCUGCAAGAGGGAGGAUUCCACUGACAACCAUGGUACUUCCCACUUCCAGUCUGUGUUUUCUGCUGGCAUCUAUGGAGGCCAUCGAAGGCUGCUCUCAGGGGGUGGAUCGGAGGCAUCUCAUUGCUUGAACAAGGGAAAAGUUCCAUUGUUGUCGCUUGAGGCAAUACAUCAACUUCAUAUCUUUAUCUUUGUACUGGCAGUCACUCAUGUUGCUUUUAGUGCCCUAACUAUGCUUUUAGGAGGAGCCAAGAUUCGUCAAUGGAAGCAAUGGGAGGAAUCUAUCCAGCAAGAAACCAAAGAAAAUGGUGUAGCUCCAAAAAGGGUAAGGCAUGUGAAUCAAAUUCAAUUUAUCAGAGACCGCUUCAAGGGUAUUGGUGCAAACUCAGUGAUCAUGAGUUGGUUGCAUUCAUUUGUCAAACAAUUCUACGGGUCGGUCACAAAAUCUGAUUACACCACCAUGAGGCUGGGUUUCAUCAUGACUCAUUGCAAAGCCAAUCCAAAGUUUGACUUCCACAAGUAUAUGAUUCGGGCACUUGAAGCUGAUUUCAAGAAAGUUGUUGGUAUAAGUUGGUAUCUCUGGGUGUUUGUCUUCAUUUUCUUGUUGCUGAAUGUUAAUGGUUGGCACACAUACUUUUGGAUAUCAUUCAUCCCUCUGAUUCUGCUGCUUGCUAUUGGCACUAAACUGGAGCAUGUGAUUACCCAGUUGGCUCAUGAGGUUGCUGAAAAACAUUCUGCGAUUGAAGGAGAUUUGGUCGUCAAACCAUCCGAUGAUCACUUCUGGUUCCACCAACCACGCAUUGUCCUGUACUUGAUACACUUUAUCCUGUUUCAAAAUGCCUUUGAGAUUGCAUUUUUCUUCUGGAUUUUUACCACAUAUGGCUUCAAUUCAUGCAUCAUGGAUCGGGUCAGUUUUAUAGUCCCCAGACUUGUCAUUGGGGUUAUCAUUCAACUCCUCUGCAGCUACAGCACACUACCCCUCUAUGCUAUUGUCACCCAGAUGGGAAGUUACUUCAAGAGAGCUAUAUUCGACGAGCAUGUGCAAGAGGGGCUUCUAGGUUGGGCACAAAAUGUAAAGAGGCACAAGGGUGGAAAGGCGGGCAAUGGGCUCGCCAAAACAAACAAAAAUGAGAAUGAAUCUUUGAGGCAGGUUGAGAUGGAAAGGUUGGACGGACAGAGGGCAGUUUACAACCUGGAAGAAGGAAGAGCUGGAGUUAACUAGAUCAAGUAUAUCUAUGAUCAAAUAGCCUAGCAUAUAUAUACACACACAUAUUAUCCUAUACUGUCAUCAAUGCGAAUCAUAUUAUCUCUUUUGUAUGUUAUUCCUUGUUGUAUCGGUAGAAAUCAAACGAAAGCUCGACUGCUCCAGUGGAGUUUUCUAGUUAGAGGUAUCCUUUUGAGAUAUGAGAGUUGUAUGGAUAUAUGUUAAUGUUGGAUUUGUUUUGUUUCUAUGAGGGCCAGUUCACAA